AUGGGUGCUCGGAGACAUUCAAGGUCUCAAUUAUACGAACAAGCAGGAGAACUUGAUACUACUGAAAAAUCCAAAACAAUUGAUCCAAAACGCAUCGGUAACCACCACAGCGAAGCAGUCACUUUAACACCCAGAGGAUUGUUUAGAAAGUGCAAAAUGGGCCUACCGUCAAUUAACCACAACUCCAAAUCUUUUGAUGACUCUCGAUACUACACGUUUCUCAGGAGUUCCGAGGCGUGGGAUGAAAAAUUUAUGACUUGUUGUAUGUUCCAAUUAUCAGCGCAAUGCUAUUCCGCCCCUCAGCCGACUUUCUCAGUUUUUGUGAUAUGCAUCGCAUGA